AUCGAAAUGAUUUAAUUUGUAUUCUUAUCCUCUACAUAAAACAAUACAGACAAAACAAGACAUUACAAUGUAACUUUAUUAUACUAAUUUAUAGGUUAUUUGUUUGACACACCAGCUGAUUGCAACGUUGCCGCAUUUCCACAGUCCAGUUACUAACUCCUUACGACAAUCGCAAAAUUGUCACAAAUAAAAAUUAAUUUCUCUGAAACCGUGUUGUGAAAACUAAUCAAAUUCUGCAAAUAAUUCCGAUAAUUCAGGAUCUAGUAUAAAAAUAUUUAAAUUUUUAGUACUAUUUUUUCUAUACGUUUUUACCCAUUACAUUCAGGAAAAUUGCUUUUGUCAUAAGAACACGUGUAAAAUUAACAUAAUAAUUAUUCUUCAACGGUUUAGUAAAUCGGUUUAUUGAAAUUUUUUUCAGUAUAUUAUAGAUAAUAAAAGAACAGUUAUCCAAAGUUUUAUCAAAUUGGUACUAUUUUUAUAUAGCUCAAAAAUCCUUAAGGAAAUAUCGAACGUCACGGAGAAUCCAUCUCGGUUUGAUCGGGUCAAUUAGUCAUCCUAACGUGCAAGACUGGUCCAUGGCCCAGAUUCAUCAUAGCCCAAUAUGUCCUUCCACGAGCGACUAUAAAAAGUGGCCACGAGCGCAUCACCGACUCGCAGUCGACAUUUCGCGAUACCGAUUCUGAUUCGCGCAAUUGCCGAUCAUCCGACUUUUCCCUAAUCAUCCGCUUCGGAAGUUGUGAAUUCUUAUUAUCGAUCGUUCUCACGAUGUUGCCUGAAACCGUCGAGCAUCGCGAACCAAUGAGACGCGACUUAUGUUGAAUCGCAUGCUGACGUGCACGAUAAUCACGUGUUCUCUGCUGAUCCUCGUUGUCAUUAGCAUCGUGCUGUUGUUGAUUUACAAACCGUUCUACGUUUGGGAGAUCGACGUGCCUCACUGAACACUCACCUGGGAGAAUUUGUGGGAGCUUUCUCACUCUUUCGUUCUUGAGAAGAAUUUCAAAGCAAGAUACGAUAAAUUCGUCCUAUUUGCUGCAAAAUGAACAAACGAAACCUCCUUCUCGUGCUUCUGAUACUUUCCACGGCGACUUCGGCGAGGUGCGGCUUGCUGGAGAUGUCGCAAACGCUCUGGACCAAGGUGGUGUCCGGGAGUCUGACGAAAAUCGGCAAGCUGGACCCGUUGAGGGUGCCGCUGAUCAAGGUGGAUCAGUCCGAGGGCGACACCAGCUACAGAAUAAUCUUGAGGAACUUGGAAAUUGUCGGUCUUAAUGAGUCCACCUUGGAGAGUAUCCACGUGGCUCGUGGUGGACUGAAGUCUAAUCUGAGCGAGCUCGAGGCCGGCUACGUGAGUUACAGUGACCUCCGAGACGUGGAGUCUGUCAAGUACAAGUUUCACACGAUGAUGAGAGAGCCCCACGUGCCGAAGGACAGUCUCGAGGCCGUGGUGUCGCCCUCGAGUCGAGCCGCCGGUGUCAGAGCCUCCUCGCAAGAGGAUCGCUUCGGCAGGUUGCAACAGGAUCAGCAUAGAUUCAGCACGUUCGAGCAGAGUCAGCAGCACGAUCGACAGACGUUCUCUCAUCCUGACACGAUGCUCGGCGGACCUCACCGAGAUAACCUGAGGACGCACGGCAACUCUGAGACGGGUCCCGGAAAUUUCGCGAGCUUCCAACAUCCGGCCUACGUGCAACCUGCUUACACGCGGGGAACAGGAGAUUUCCAGGGAGAUUAUCGUGGCAGCUUGCAGGGUGGCGAAGACGUGGUCGAUUGCGACGAUGCGCGAGGUCCCCAAUAUCACUAUCAAGGCAAUCAGAAGGCCAAUCGUCACUAUGAGCCGCGACAAGGCUACGCGGAGGUUUCCGCGUCGGAAGCGGUCAAGACUAAGUCGAAAGAUCGCGGUGAUGCAAGAGCGUCCGCUUCGUAUAACAGAGAACAGUCCGCGCGAUCGGACAAUCGUCGAGCGUCGGAGGAGGAGACGAAGCGGCAAUCGGGUUACAUCGAUAUCGUCUACGCGGGUGACAGGGCUAACGGGAGCAUGAGGCGUUUCGGUAACUUCGGUGUGAAUCCCGGACAGGAUCAGCGAGUGUAUGGCAUUGAAGACAUCAUGAAGGACAUCCGAGAGAGUGCUAGGUUCAUCAUCCACAAUUUCACGGAGGGCGAAGCCCUGACGAAAAGAAAUGACAUGAUUAAAGUAGCGACAGGAAGUAAAGAGUUGAAGGACUCGAUGAGAUACGCGAAAGACCAUCAGGAACAACAGGGUUACUUCGAGGAAGGAAUGCAGUUGAUUUACCAUUACGGUGGAGUGGGUGUGAUAAACGGCAGUGCUUCGCGCGACGUGAAGCUCAACGACACUAAGAGAGCGAAACGAGCGCAUCCCGAAGAAACGGCUGAAGACGACGUGAUGCACGUGAUCCUGAGGAUACGCGUCCCAUUGCUUCGCGUGAGAUCCCAAUACACACUCGCGGGAAAAGCAGGAAAGGAGAUGUUGCGCGGCAGUGGUCUGCUCGCCGGAAACUUUACUGAUUUGGCGGGCGACUUCAUGCUAGAGUUGAAAAGGGUCAACGGGGAAUUGAUGAUUGUUCGCGCCGCUCGUGCGAAACUCAUGGCCAAAGAUAAAAAGGUCACUUUCCAAGGUAUGGAUGAGGAGGGCCCGGUGCGAGCUGUCCUCGAUCACGCUCCCGGGGUGACGGCCUGUCCGCGCACGGACAACCUGGCGGAGUUCAACAAUUGCGUUUUGAAGCAGUUGCAAGCGCUGACGCCGUACCUCGCCAAGGGGGUGCCCUCUUUGAAAUUGCCGGCGUUAGACCCGCUGUUCCUGCCUUCCCUGACGGUGGACAGGAACCUGGACUCGCUGAAAGUCAAGGCCAACUUGACUCAGAUUCGCGUUUACGGCGCCACGAAUUACGUCGUGCGCGAUUUAAAAGCGAAUCCCAACGACUUGACGGUCUCCCUCAGGGCUCAGCUGCCUCACGUGCACGUGAACGGCGACUACGAUGUGCAGGGCAGGUUGCUGCUGGUACCUUUAACUGGGCUUGGCAAUUUUAAGGGGAACUUUACCGACACCGAAGUCCAAGUAAACGCGCAAGGCAAAGAGAUCACCGACAAAAAUGGCGUGCAGAGGAUCGAGAUGGACAAUUUGGUCACCAAGAUUCGCGUCGGCAACGGGAAUAUUAAACUGAAAGCUCCCUCCGUCCACACGUUAGCGGCCGACGCCGCUGCGACGUUCUUCAACGCGAAUCCCCGACUAGUCCUGGACAUAGCCAGUCCAAUUAUCGAGGACACAGCCGCGACAGUGAGCAGAGCUCUCGUAGCUAGAGCACUCAGCGUCCUGACCAAGCAGGAACUUAUCCUCUAGUAGUUGAUUAAGUAGUCGAAUUUCGUUCUCGGCUCGACUUUCAUGAAAAAGUAGAACGCCUAGCACAACGAUGAGGAAUAGCCGAUUCAGUGAGAUGAUUGGCAUAUACUUAUAAUGUAUGUUCAUUCAUUUUUUCUUUUUCCUUUUCAUUGUACGUCAUGCGAUUUUCGCCGUUCGUCGGCGAGGCGUGUGAGAUUGUUGUCUUGUUUUUUUUCUUAAUUUUGUUUCCGAGAUAUAUAUAUAUAUUUUUUUUAUAUUUAAUUGAUCUCGGGUGCGCCUCGCGAGCUCAAUCUCGUGCAGAGAGCGCGCUCGCGACGGAGAGACGUCGUUCGUUUUCACUCUCGUUCGUGGAAAGUAUCAAGAUGUUAAUUCACAUUCGUGGCAGGAGCGUAGGAAGUAAACGCGAGUUGAUCAGCCGUGUUGAUUUCCUAGAUUUAUUUGAGAAAUUGUUAUUUACAUCUCUUUACUUUCUUGCACAUGUAUCUCAUUGUUACUUCGAAUCUUAUUAAACGCGACAACACCCAAACUUACUCGCGAACUUGUGGACCCGUGUGGCUCCAUCCGCGUUAUUUAAACGAUUAUUCGAAGCGUACAAUUUGAAACGCGUCGUCUCUCCUCUCAGUCGCAUCGCGUUUUUCGGGAAGUUUGGGUAGACUUUGCGUGAUUUUGAUAUGUAACGAACUUAAAUAAAGUACAAUUGCCUUACAAUUGCACAUCUCUUAACAUGUGCACUUGCACGACGAUCUACACCUUUGACAUAAUCCGAACCAAAAAGUUCUCUCGCAAUGUACAUUAGGACUAUAUAUAGUUACAAUUACACACUAUAUAAUAUUACAAUACAAAUGAAAAAAAAAAACAGAACAAUAAGUGAGAAUUGAACUUGUCGCCG